CGUGUAUGCGCGAUCAAUAAAUUAUUCGGCGCAGGGGAAAUUCGCGCUCGGAAGGAACGAGCGAACGUUCGCCGCGAGAUGAGAUCAAACUCACGCUAAUUGAUCGCCGAGAGUGAUUUUCGCGCGUUCCGGCGCCGCCGAUGACAUUCGGUUUAUUUAUCAAGGUGUCGAAAAAUGUGGCGGGAGGUGUACGUCACGGGAUUCACCUGAAUUUUGACAGAAGUCGAAGUGGGAUUUGACAUAUUCACAGUCUGCGCUCUCACCGUUUGACAUCGAACGCGUCUGAUUUCUGUAAUUUAUCUUCGGGUUUUUCGCAAGUACGUUAAACGAAUCCACGACAUUAGCAGGUUCCGCCUGAUUUUAGCGACGCGAUGUCCAGGUUAUUGCGUUGAGUAAUAUUCAUGAGCGCAUAUUGAACUCGACACCGUCGCAGAACGUGAUCUCUGCGUCGAGUUCUGACAUAAGAAGAGAAUAUUUGAGAAUUGCGUAAAUCCGAAGAUGCAUCGAAGAGCAGCAUCAUUCUUUGAAUUAGAUAAUUAGACAAGUAUGAAAUAGUAAACAUGCCUCAUGGCUGGAGGCAGGAGCGACGGGAAGCAAAGUGGAAAUUUAGACAAAACGCACCAGUGGCAUUGCCACCAUCGUCUUGAUCUCUCUGCAAAGCCCGGACUACUUUCGAGUGAUGGAUUCAAGAAGCAAAAGAGCGCGGAAUACCAUUGCACCAUUGUCAAAAAUAUCAGCUUAUUGCAAGACAACAUACUGAGGCUUCUGUAUAGUAAUCUGGAUUUUACUCGAGAGGAGCAACUGUUGGUGGAAAUUAUUCUGAACGCAAGUUACGAGUGUCAUUUUUUAAAUGAAUCCAACACCAACAUUACAUCUCACACCGAUGAAAGAAUAUGUGAGAAAUGUUUAACGUCGAGUUGUGACGUGCAUCAGCAUCUACAGGAGGUGAGGGAAUACGUUGUAGCGGAUGCGACCACCAUUUCGCCAGAAAUGGCUGAUUCCGGUCUGGAGACGGGUUCGAUAAGUCCGCACGAGAAUACGACGUCUGAAAACUUCAGCACGGACCUGGAGGUAACACAAGCGUACGCCUCUAUUAACGACGACAAUCCGGAUCAUCGGUUACGCCAUGAGCGAGCGUAUAACAAGGAGGGCGACUGUAAGAAGCCUCAGAUGGACGAUGAGCACUGUGAGUCACUUAACAACGGCGAUUAUCGCGGGGACGGCGUAACUCAAUCCGAGUCGAGCAGCCAUAGCGUGACGUAUUCAUCCUUGGAGGCGGAACAUCAGCCUGUGAACCCCUCGGAGAAUGCUCAGAAAGUGAAGCUGAACGCCGAAGAAAUCUUUCAGUAUGAGAGCCGAGUGUUGAGCGAACCGUUUUAUGAAUCGGACUGCGCCAGCGACGAGAACGAGUCUUUCGAAUUCAUCGAGUCUGUCCCCUCGGUGAGCGGCGAUUGCGAACAGACUGACGUCGAGUGUAAAUCCAAUCAGAAGGUGCAGUCCGAUGCCGCAGAGUCGGCGAGUAAAACGGAAUUCGAGCGUGCUCGUCCCGCUGACGCGGCCAGUCAGAGCAAUUCCUCCACGAGUGGCUAUUACUUCAUCGAUGCGUCCACCUUGAACGACGAGGUGGUGGAUAUCGUGCCUACGAACGUAACGAAGAAUCACUAUCAAUGCAACAACUACGCCGCCAGCAAGCCGCCGUCGCACUUCGCUUCGUUUUUCUCGGAUUACAUGACGAGCAACAAAUCGAGCAGCGCCGUGGAGGAGCAGCCGUGCAAAUUCACGCCGCUUAAGGCACCGGCUUUGCAGAGCGGCCACGAACGAGUGGCGGAGUUCGAACGGGAGCUGAAACUCACCGAGUGUCUGCACCCGCUUCCGGAGUUGCGCAAAGUGAAGCGAGCGGAUUCCGCGUCGGAGGAGAAAGUCACGAGCAGACCGGCGGACAAGGAAUCGCUGGCCGUGGAGAUCAAGGAAACGGACAGCGGGGAGAGCGCGCAUCCGUCCCCGUGUCCCGACAACAACACGAAGAUCAGCAACGAGCGGAGCGUUGGCGAGAAAACGGAGGGCGAUGUCGCGGCGGCAAACGAGGACAGGCGGCCGUCGCUCAUCAGAAGGAACACAUUCGAGCUUGACUCCAACGACGAGAAGUUGUCCGUUCUUAGGCAGGAGUACGAGCGCCGGCAGGGUAGUCUGGUUUUCCAAAGCUCCAUUCCGCAGUACUCGGGCCACCGCGUGGACGGGGACUCGCUUUCCGACACCGUAGUUCCUCCGGUCACCGAGCCGUCGUCGAUCAGCUACGCGUCCACUGUACAGAUCGCCGCCAAUACUCAGUACCCGGUAUCUUAUUUAUCGUUAGACAAUUGUAAAUUCGAUCGGCCGCGAGGAGAGGGCUACCUGCCGGACAACCUCGACAGAUCGUGCGUCGUGUACCCCGUGACGAAGAGCGCCAGCGACAAGUCCAUCGUGGACUAUGGCGCGGACUCGGAUGACGCGUCCAAUCGUUGCAGCAGUAGCCUGCCGAUCACCCUGGACUCCAUCUUGGAGAAGGAUAACGAUCGGGCGGAGUCGGUGAAGAGAAAGAAACGCGACGAGGCCACCCCGAUCAUCUCCGGCGGCGUCAGCACUUCGGAUUACUCCAAGCCGACGGACAGUCCCACCGUGCGCCGCAAGACAGAGUCCACGCCGAUCGUGUCGGGUGGCUCGGUGAUCAUGAACAAGCCUGAGAUCAAGGCGAAGCCCGCCCGAAUGUCUUCCUCCAUGACCGCCUGGGUGGUCGACAUGAGCGACUGCAGCAAGGCCGAGUCCAAGAAUCGCGCCAACCCACGUAACAUGUCGCAGAGCUUCUCCACUUCCGAGUGCGUGAAGAAGCCCGCGCGGAGAGCCAAUAAUAACAACGAGAAGCAUCACUGUAGCUUAGGUUUCUUCGUCAACCUAAAGGACGUCUGCGACGUCGAGCCAGCUGGGAGCGAUCGUUCUUCGACUGAGGGGAAGAAGGAGCAGAACAGCAAGCCCGAGCAUAGCAGCUGUAGCAAGCCCUACUGCGAAUUUUACGUCGACAUUUCAGAGGACGGGAGCAACGGCGCGAAAGCCAAGCCGUCCGAGGCGCGCGCGAAGAACGGCAGCGCUUCCGUCGAAGGCGUCGAGAAGAAGAACAUCUUCUCGAUGUUCAUCGACCUGAACGACACGAGCGAGACGAGCAGCGGAGACGCUGUCGUUCCAACGCGAAGCCUCUCGACGAUCCCCAGCAAAGCGGACGACAGCAGCUCGAAGGACAAUAGCAGCGCCACCGGCGUAGACAACCAGUCGCCGCAGGAGCAGAAGAAAGAGAAGCCCGGCCCGGUCUUCAUGUUUAUCGAGUCCGAUUCCCCUGUGGUGAGAAGGCGGACCUUGUCCACGUCGCGGCCGGCGUUCAAGCGACACUCGUGGAACGUGGACAAGACGCAGCCGGCGAGCAACGGUUGCGUGGCGAAGGAGCUGAUGUUCAGGAGGGAACACAAGCGCGCGCACAGCAUAUCGAUAGACAAUCGCGGCGACUCCAGCCGGUCCCAGGCAAAGACGAGCUCGUCCAGCCACUCGUUGAGCGACGCCGCCAAGGCGGAGUCCUACAAGAAUUGCAAAACCUUGUUGCAGGAGCGCGAGCACAACGCCAACAACAUGGACACGUCGACCGAGGACGUGUUCGAGUUCGACGUGAGGGACACCCCGCCUAACUCUCACGUGGAGAUCGAGAGCGAGGAGCUCCGCGCCAGCGUCGCGAACCGUCGCGAGUACAAGGAGAUCAUCGCCGGCCAGACCGAGAACCUGGAGGCGAAAGCGUACGACGACGAGUUCUCGGAGACGUCCGCCUGGGAGAAAACGUGCACGGAGAGCACGCAGAGCGCGCGGAAGAGCGAGACGUUCGACAUCAGUAGCGGUAGCGGGCCUUCCCCCGACAGUGACAAUCACGAGUACGAGUUGACCGAUCUGCUGAACGGUGAGGUUCCAGUUGUCAACGAGAGACCGCAAAUGGUCACCACGGGAGGCAGCAACAAGAUAUCGGAGACACGCAAGUCGUUGAACGAGACUAUCAAGAAGAUCGAAUGCGAACUGAAAGAGCCGGAGUACAACGACUGCCGCGCGUCGAAGAAGGACGAGAAGAUGCCCGGUCGUGGCUCGAAGAGCUUGCACCUGGACACCGACAGCAAGACGAGCUGCUCCAGCUUCGUGCGUCUGUCCGACUUGGACAAAACGCCGAUCGUCAAUCACGCGUCGGACGUGCUGACGGACGACAGAAGCUCGUAUCGCAUGAGCAGCAGUAUCCCGGAGACAUCGUGGAUAGAGAGCAAGCUGGCGAUGACGAGAAACAGCGGCCCGAUCAGACCAGUGUCUAGGAAACUCGCGUCUGUCAUGAGCACGUCUCUCCCGUCGAAGCAGAAGUCCCCGUUGGAGGAUUUGACCGGCGACUGCGAGGGCGAAGGAAUCAUCUCGGAGUCCGAUCUUAGCAGCAUGCAGAGCAGCAUGGGGCGUUCCGGCGCGGAAGGCAGCACGGAGGAGACUGAAACAUCAAGUAUAGCCGGCGCAAAGCCGUAUAAUAGAUUGGGUGAGGAUUUAUUACGGAUGUUCUUGGAAGAAAUCAAUCCGGAUGUUACGAUAGACGUAGCCGGCCGACACAUAAGGGCACACAAAUGUAUAUUGAGUUCUCGUUGCCAAUACUUUGCCGCGAUUCUGAGCGGCGGAUGGAUCGAGAGUGCGGGCAAUGUUAUUUCUCUACAAGGAUAUUCCUACAAUGCAGUUCAUUUUGCAUUAUGUCAUAUCUACAGCGGAGAAAGUAAUAUACCAGAUUCUAUAAGUAUCGUUGAAUUAGCGACGUUGGCUGAUAUGUUGUGUUUAGAAGGUCUCAAAGAAGUUAUAGAAUACACGCUUAAGCUUAAAUAUUGUCAUUUGUUUCACAAGCCUUGUCAGAUAUGUGCUGUUGGAGUGUUAGAGUGCAUGCCGUUAGCGGCAGCGUAUGGUCUGGAUGAAGUGUAUCGAAAAUCACUGAGAUGGGUUACGAAGCACUUCGUACGAAUAUGGCCGUGCAAGGCGUUCGCGACUCUUCCGAGAGAACUCAUGGAGAAGUGUUAUCGUCAACAUAUAGUGCACAUGUCCACCGACAAUGUACUUCAAACUAUGAUGGACUGCGACAAAUUAUUGGCGACCUUGCCCAAUGUACGGUGGGCAGAGCCGGUGUUUCGGCUGGUGUCGAGAUUGUUAGAGAAGUCGGUGAAAUUCCUGUCGGACAACUUCGUGGGUGUCCUGGGGAAUGAGAAUUUCCAGUCACUCGGCCGCGAACUGACGUGGAACAUCAGCCGCCUAGAGGAUAAUUUUCUAGCGGCUGUCGAACAAUUGCCGCCCGAGCAAGCGUGCAAGAGUUACUCGAAGCUGAACAAAAUGUUGAUCGCGUCGCAAGCGGAAGAUCUUCAAGAUCGGAUCAAGUGGGGACCGUUGUUCGUUGAUUUCCUGCACAAACUCCAAGGUCGCGUGGAGAAGUGUCUGGUACGUGACGCAGCACAUGCUGCAAGGACCACCACGUGGCUGAAGAUGGAUUUGGAGCUUCGCAGGAGGAUACAAGAACUGGCAUGCAUCGUGAUCUUGCCUAACGAGACCUCGAAGCGCCAAUCUAGACCGUUGAAUUUCUCAAAAGAGUCUCGUGUACCACCUAAUCGCUCGACGAUAAGUCGCAGUUUAGAUUUAAAACGCUUCAAAAUGGCGAUCUCGGAACACAAUGACAAAACCUUGAAGCAAACUAGUGCCCAAGCUCCAAUGCCCAAACCAACGAAGAAGGUCCUAUGUAAGCCGAAAACGGAUCCGCUUGAGCGUAAAAUGCAAGAGGAUAAGCAAGUUACUAGCGAAACCAUUAGACCAAAAUCGUGGCCCAACAAGAUAGAGUGCACACAAUUACAGGUGAAAUCCAGGUAUUUGGAACCGAGAAACAAGUCAGUUCCGAAGGAGAAUGCACCUACGAUGCAUCACGAUAAGAUCAACGUGCCACCACGACGUAAGAUUAUGAUCUCGUCGUCGGACUCGUCGCGCACUUCCAGUCCAGCGAUGAAACGUGCGUCUGACAAGAAACCACUGGCCAAAAUCAAGUUACCGGUGAAGAAAGACGUAAAGGCCCUCUCGUCGGAUAGCCUGACGGAGGCAAACGCGGGUCGAACCGGCAACAAGAGAGAUCUGAUUAGCAAGAGCUGUGGUAUUACGAGACCCGAGUCCCCAACUUUCAAACAGAAAGGCACCGAAAUAGGCUUAUCGGUCGACUCCUUGGAGACCAAGAGCAAGCCGAUGACCACCACCAAGAAAAAGACCGCUAACAAGAUGGACACUUCCAUGUCUACCGAUAGUCUUAUGACGGAGAUAACGGCGACUCCCAAGUCCAUUGUGUCUAACAAACUGUCGCCUACGUUGACGAAAGUCGCGAGCAAGACGCAAGCUUACGAUAGGAUGAAGAAAAAUUCGCCGCCGACGCAGCAGAGAAGCCCAUUAACAGUCACCAAGAGGACGCCGAGAUCGCUGGAAAGCUCCACCGCCGCCAGUCGCAGCAGGGCCGCCGCCAUCAGCGCGUAUCACGGUUCACCGAGUUUGCGGAGGAGCUUGCUGGAUGCUGCGAGGACGCCAGACGUUCCUAGCAAACCGGUGAACACGGUGACCCCCUUCAGGGCGCGGCAGAUCGCGCAAUCGAACGUUCUUCCCAAUACGAGGAGAGAGAGGAAGGAGACGCAGAAUUCGCAAAGUUCCGACAGCCCCAGCAAGAGAUCCUCCCCGAAGUCCAGCGUUGCCAGUAAGACGAACAAAUCGACAAUCGUCACCAGCAAGAGAACGGUCAACGGUAAGAUCGAGGACAAGGUGAAAAGGUGCCAUAACGGCGAGACGCAGAAGCAACCCACAGUGGGCUCGAGAUCAGGCACGUUUCUCAAGGAUGAACCCACGAUACUUAAGAAGGUAGAUAUUAAGUCGUCGCAGAUCAAUACUUAAUGCUAUUAAUGGCUGGAUAAUCGAAUUGGUAGGUAUGCGCAUUGUCGACGGGAUAUUUCUAUCUAUGUGCUCAUACUGGGAAGUAUCGCACAUUAUAAAAAACCUGUUGUCUAAGAGUAUUAAAUAUAUUAUCGCCAGAGUGAUUUCAUUAACAUGAAGAAGUCAUUAUAUGAAAUUUGUAAGAUAUUUAGUGAAAUUAUCUUGCAUCGUGCGUCAUGUUUAUACAAAUAAUUCCAAGGGAAAUUUUUUUUUUUUUUUUUUUUACAAAAGUGGCUACAUAGUAUUUCCUCUAAUUAAGUUAACAAUCAUGAUUUUUUCGUCAUCGGUGUUUUAUAACUUGUGUACUCCUGCAUUGUCAUGUUUUAAUACAUUCUCAUUAAUACGUUUAAUGAAUUUAACCUUAGUUAGCUACACUUAUUUUCGAGACUUUAAUUCGUCACACUUCGGUCCGUGAGACCGCUCGACUUUGUCGCCUUGUCAUUUUCGUUCUAAUUAGUAUUUUUAAGCUUGUAUUGUUGGAAAUUGGGAUAUAUAGAGUCCGAAUAAGAUGUUUAUGAUAUCAGAUCAAGAAGAUUAUUUGGGUUUAAACAUUUUUAUUUUUAAUUUAUUAUUAUAAAAAAAGAGUAUUUUCAGAAAUUCUCAAAUGGUUUUGCAAAGAAAAUAGUGUUCGCUCGUUCUAGUGGACACCUGAUACUUCAAGGGAAAAAUAGUACGCCACGUGAAAACUAGAAAACUAAAAACCGUUCAGCGGUCUAUUGAACCGGAAUAUGGCGAGCUAGUGUUAAUAUACGUCGACAAUAUGCAUUAAGUUUUUUUUUUUUAUGUAUACUUAAUGAAUGAGUAUUGUGUGAUGGAGGACUGUCGCUGGUAACUGCGAACGUGAUAAUUCCAAUUGGGGAAUCGUAUUAUAUGUAAGAUAGAAAUAUGUAAUUCUAAUUUAAAGAUGCUUGGGAUUAUCGUUAAAGAAACAUGGUCGAGCUGCAUUUACUAGUUAAAUUAGGAAAUGUGUGCUAUGAUUAUCUUUCGUGGCACUAAGAGCGACAAUUCGAGUGAUAGAGCAAUUUUAACAACUUUUCAGUAAACAAUUUUUCAUACUUCCUGUUUAUUUAAUGAUAUAAUAACGCAGGUUAUAAAAUCUCAUUGGUGAAUAAUAUACAGAUUAUCUUUGAAAAAAGAACAUAAACAUUACUUGUCAAAUCUUCGUUCUUCGCGUAAUUCGCACUCGAUUUUUGCUCGAAAAAAAUUCAUUAUUGGUUCUGAAGGAAUCCAAAUUUUUUAAUUUUGUUUUUUGUCUGGUAUUUUUAAGCAUUUUUUUCUUCAGAAAAAAGUUUUAGUGAUAUUUGCGUUACACUCUAUUCAAGUGAUUGCACAAUUAAUUUUUGUGUUUUUAUAUACACAGACAGCUGAAUCACAGGAGUUUUAACCUGUGUAAAAAAUGAGAACAAUAGUGCAGCAAAGGAUUAGUAAACUAAUUGGUAUGGGGAUAUGAAAUUACAUGCAAAAACUGCAUGAUAAUUCUACAAGAAAUUUUCGAGGAAGAGUUUAGACAAGAACAGAGAUUUGCGUGUGAUGAGGUAUCAAGUUGUACUUUUCUUGGAUCACUCUGUAUACUGCACAAUUAGAAUGUAUGUGAGAAGUAUGAAGAAGAAGUAUGAUCUUUGAUUAUGGACGGAUAUGUGCUUAAACAAAGAAACCUUUGACUACAUAUACACAUUAAUGUCUUGUAGUACUGCACAUGCAGCAUCUCGUAGUCCAUAGAUAAAAAAAAAAACGCGACCAAUUACGCGAUUUGUUUCGACAGUUCUUCCUUUGUACCACAUAUAUACGCGCGCGCUAUAUCACUCCGAAUUACUUUAUAAUAAUCCGAUAUCAAUUUUCAUUAGAUGCUGUUUAAUUAUUAUUAUUGAUGUUGCCAUUUUAUCAACUAAUUCUGAUCGUAAGUAGGAAAACUGCAAUUUACGUCGCUUGCAGUCGUUUAUCGAUAAAUUGUGUAUACACGUAACCGAUGUAUUUAUUUAUUAAAUUUCUAUCUCUAUUUUGCAAUGUACAUUUUUAUGCAAUAUUUGUAUCUAGUCAUUUAUAUAUUUUAAAUAUUUACUUUUGUGUAAUGUUAAUAAAUAUAUCAAUAUAAUGUUAAA